AUGGAAACCAUGCAUGAGCUGAUCCCCUUCGCCAAAGAAAUGCUCAGCCAGAAGCCCAACAGGAAAAUGGUCAAGCUGUACAUGCUGGGCAGCGUGCUGGCUUUCUUUGGCGUGGUUAUUGGUCUGGUGGAGACAGUGUGCAGUCCUUUCACCUCGGACGGGAGGCUAGAGGAGGAGAAGCAGCCUGCCCCGACGCGAGAGCAAAUGCUUCCUCAGAAACAGGAGGAUUUGAUCUUGGAAAAGAGCAAGAAGCCGGUGGCGAUGCAGAGGGCCCUGGUGACCAGGCAGCACGCCUCCUAAGGAGCCCCGCGGCCGGAGCAGCGCCUGCUGAGCAACCAAGCACAAGAGACUCUGCUGUCCUGUUGUACCUGGUGGUGGGUUCCAGCAAGAAGAGAGAAGGGUUUGGCUGAAGGAGGAGACCGCAAGUGCAAGACUUGAAAGAAGCGAACGGUUUUAUUUGCUGCUGUGCAGCAGUGGGGAAAAAAUACCUUUUGUUGGUAUAAAAAUGUGCAAGACGCACAGCAUGGUUUCUUAU